CAGGUAGGAACUAACAGUUACAGGUAGGAACUAACAGUUACAGGUAGGAACUAACAGUUACAGGUAGGAACUAAUAGUUACAGGUAGGAACUAACAGUUACAGGUAGGAACUAAUAGUUGGGGAAUCAACGAAGCGCCGGAGGUCCUGGUGGACAACUUCCGGUCGUGUGUCGGGUCAAAAUGGUGUCUGUGAGAAUGUUACAAAGACUACGAACUGUCCUAUCACAGCAUGGACUCACAGGUUUCAGAAGCUUCUCAGCAGCUUCACAUGUCCAGCAGAGAGAGGAGGCGCUCGUUAAGAUGGAAAACCCGUUCAAAGAGCCAGAGAAAGGCUGCCUCCUCUGCAGCGUCACCGUGGACUUCAAGAACACUCAGCUGCUGUCUCAGUUCAUCUCUCCUCACACCGGCAGAAUCUACGGUCGACACAUCACAGGAUUAUGUGGAAGGAAACAAAAGGAAGUCUCCAAGGCCAUAAAGAAAGCUCACUCAAUGGGUUUCAUGUCGGUGACCCACAAACAUCCUCAGUUCAUGAGGGACCCAAACAUCUGUGGAAUCAAACAUCUGGAUUAGUGGAUCACUGUUAUUCUUGUUAUUGUUAUUAAUAAAGCUGUCAGAACUGUUAGAUGGUCACAGUUCUUUCUAUCAUCAGUUAAUGCAAAUUUGCAAAUUUCCCCGCUGCAGGACUAAUAAAGGAUUAUCUUAUCUUAUCU